AUGGUAACGACUCCGGGAGACUUCAACGUAUCGGGGAUGCUGCCGCCGGACUUGUCCGGGGCGUCCCAGGCCUUCCAAGCCGCCUGGGUCGUGUCCAUCCUCGUCGCCAGCGUCCUGUCGAACCUGACGGUUCUGGCCGUGGUCCUGUGUAUCGAGGACCUGAGGCAGCCGGCCAACUACCUCCUGUGCGCGCUGUCGGGCGGGCAGAUGCUACAGGUGUUGGUCAUGGCACCCCAGGCCGCCGUGCUGCUCACCGUGCCGGAGGCCAGCAUGACAGAGGCGGCGUGCGUCCUGCAGGGUAUUCUGUUCAUGGUCUCCAUCACCUUCACGCCGUGCAUUCUGGGAAUUCUGUCGUUCGACCGCUAUCACUACAUCGUCCACCCUACGGAGUACCGCAACCGCUUCACCGGGCGGAGUGUUCUCACAGCCAUAGCCUGCACUUUUCUGUACACCUUCACCAUGACAGUAGUGGGGCUGUUCCAGGGGAACUCCUACAGCCUGAACAUCGGCCUCCUGGUGUGCACCAACAGCGCCGUCGUGUCUGAUGUAGCCUUUGUCGUCUGCAGCCUUCCCGCCAUCGGCCUCAUCGCCUACUCCUACAUCCUCAUCUUCAAGGAGGCUCGCUCGCACUCGCGCAAGAUCCUCCCCAGCGUCUGCUACGACGCACGGCGGAAGGACUUCAAGGCCAAGAUCAAGACGGCGAAGACGGUGAUGCUGGCCAUCGUGAUCUUCUUCCUGACCUGGGCGUCCAUGGUGGUGGCCUACGUGGUGUCGUCCUCCCGAGCCGAGCCGGGACCGGGCGACAUGCUGGCCCUGAGGGUGACGAGCCUUAUCUUCCUCCUGUCCGCCUUCCCCAACCCCAUCCUGUACGCCUACAGAAACAAAUUCUUCAGGGACGCCGUCAGGCGCCUGUUCAGGAGAACUGCCAACGCCGUGAAGGACAUGGUCUAGUAUUCCUUAGCCUGACU